CAUGCUUUUCCCUCCCUGUCUGGUCAGAGAAACCUGCUUCUGUCUUGCACAGCCAGAUGAGGAUUUAUUAGUGACACAUUACUGCAGUAGCCAACAGGAUGCUCUCAUCAGGGUUGAUUUUUGAAAGUUCUUGGCCUAUUUUUUUCUGGUUUUGGCAAUGCUGUCCAGCCGCCUUUUAAGUGUGAAUAAGCAUCCAACUUUAGACUGGAGCAACUGGCGUUAAAGUUUGUUUUUAUUGACUCGUCUUUAAGGACACAAUGAAUAAUCAGUCGAUGACAGGGAGGACCAUGGUCCCCACCAUUCCGUCUGUUAUGUUCAUUUUUGGUGUAGUUGGGAACGUCAUCGCUAUCGUGGUUCUUUGUAAAUCUCGCAAAGAACAGAAAGAAACCACGUUUUACACGCUGGUGUGUGGGCUAGCUAUCACUGACCUGCUCGGCACUCUGCUAGCCAGUCCGGUCACCAUUGCCAUUUACGUGAAAGGAUCCUGGCCCGGAGAGGACCCACUGUGCCAAUACUUUGGAUUCUGCAUGCUCUUCUUCUCCCUGGCGGGGCUCAGUAUCAUCUGUGCCAUGUCUGUGGAGAGAUACAUCGCCAUAAACCAUGCCUACUUCUACAAUGACUAUGUGGACCAGAAGCUGGCGGGUCUGACUCUCCUGGCGAUCUACAUUUCCAAUGCGCUCUUCUGCGCACUGCCCAUCGUCGGCUUUGGGCAGGUGAAGAAACAAUACCCUCAAACUUGGUGUUUCUUAGAGUGGAGGAGCAACAAGACCAGCGACGCAGCUUACUCUUACAUGUAUGCGGGUUUCAGCUCUCUUUUAACUCUCGUGACUGUUAUCUGUAACGUGCUGGUGUGCGGGGCUUUGAUCAGGAUGCACCGGCGUUUUGUGCGCAGAACGUCGCUGGGAACUGAUAUGGCGCGCAACGUGGACCCGCGGAGGAGAGGACGAAGCUUCGGGCAUCUAGCUGGUGCAGAAAUUCAGAUGGUGAUUUUACUGAUAGGAACGUCAGCAGUGGUGCUUAUCUGCUCCAUACCACUUGUUGCUCGUGUGUUUUUAAACCAGCUGUAUAAGUUUCCAGUGGAGCUGAGGUUAGACAAAAAUCCUGAUCUUCAAGCAAUACGCUUCGCCUCCUUCAACCCAAUCCUUGACCCCUGGAUCUACAUCCUGCUCCGCAAGGCUGUCCUCCUCAAGCUCAUUGAAAAAAUCAAGUGCUUAUUUUGCAAGAUAGGAGCACAAAGGCAACAGAGACAGGGAAACUGCCACUGCAUAGAUGCUCAUCAGCUCUCCUCGGUCAUCUCAAACCGGGACUCACACUCUCUUGUUUCCAACGACCUGCGAGAUGUCAGCAGCUCCUCCCAGACUUUCCUCUACCUGCCUGAGGGAGGCGGGAUGUACGCUGGAGGCUGUCAGACAGCAAACAGACUCUCUGGUUCUAGACCUUCAUCAGUCAGAAACUCUCAAGCUUCUCAUUCGUCUGAGCAGGGGACUGCUGAGGCUGGAAAUGGAAAAAGGACAAAUGAAAUCAGGGACGGGUCAGCCUUACAGUGCCCAAAGGAUUCAGCACUUCAAAUGUCAUUGAGAACAGAGACAGUGGAGGAAAAAUGCAUCUGACUGAACUCCAAUAAGUGCUCAGAUGACCCUGUCUACUGACUGACUUCUUUAUAAAGGAAAAUUUCAAACCUCUGAAGACAGAGGAAGGCACAUAAAAAUAACUCCUUUUUUUGGAGUUGUUAGUUGAAGUCAGAAGGGAAAAACUUGAAGCUUAAAUGUCCUGUGUUCUCUGUUUUAGCACACAGCUACCUCAAGUGAUGACUAAAUCUGACUGUAAGCAGAUCGAAGCCUUUUGUCUCAGCCCCCUUCUUUAUGACUCAAGUGUCACUGAUGGAAAAGCUCCUAAUUUUAACAGCAUUGUUCAAUGUUGUGGAAAUUUUGUGGAAUUUGAGGUUGAAUCAUUACGGAAAAUGAAAGUGGUGUUGAAAGUGAUCCAUGUGAGUAAUCGCUGACAUGUGCUACUCUCAUUGUAAAAACUGAAUCAACUAAAAAAACAUCAUUGUAAGGUGAAGGACAUGUGAUGGUCGGUCAAUGACUAGAGUGCAGUAUUAUUAUGUGGUGAACAUAGAGUUUUUGUUUCUAACUGUGGGGUGCACGCAACUACGUGUGUCAUCUUCAAUUACGAAAGUGAGUUUCCAUUUCAUAAGGAGCAAAAAAGGACUCAUAUGCCAUGGUCAGACUAUUUGAAUCUAAUCCCUAGGGGCCAAAAUUAAGGGUAAAGCUGGGCUUAGGGACUUCACUUCACUUAGUGCAUUUUCUUUCAGUAAGGCACAAGAUUUCUGUGUUUUUUUUUUUUUUCUUUUCAAAUUUAAGUUGACAGGGAGCACUUUCUGCCGCUACAGAUAAUGCAUCAUUAUUCAGCUAACAUAUAUUUUUCAAUGUUUGUUUGUAUGGGAACAAAUAUGAAGGAGGUAAACCAAUGCCAGACACUAUAGCACUUGUAGCCUAGGCUGUUUUUACUUACACCUGUCCUGAGAUAAACCUUAAAAAUACUUAAAAAUAAGCAGCAAAUACACAAGUGACAGUACACAUCAAACUCAACAAUAUGACUGGUACAAGAUGCAAAAUAUCAUAAAUGUUGCUAAAUAUUAGGUAUUAAGAUGAAGUUAAUUCCUCACACAUGCAGGGUCUAGAAAACACACUAUUGUUUGCAUUAAAAUUAUUCUUCUCUGAGCAAGUUAGUUGCAAAAAUUACUUCUCCUAACUGAUGAUCCAUGCUCAAACAGUUUUGUGCACUUUUUUAUUGUGUGUUAGGGCUGGGCAAUAUAUCAAGGCUAGAUAUGUGGAUAUAUUUUUACAUAAGAUAAGACAAUUUAGUUUAUAUAAGGGCUGUCAAGAUUAGUCAAGUUAAUUGCACUUAAAUCAAAGCCUACAAUCACUUCACUUUUUUAAUCAUGAUUAAUCACAUGCCUUAUUGUCCCUUUCACUACAUGUCAGUUAAGGCAUGCCAAAUUCUACCUGCAGCCACAAUGGGGUAAAAUAAGUCCACCACUGAAGUAUUAAUUUUGGCAGCUAUUUUUAAUUUCAUGGUAAAUCAUGGUAGUGUGUUGUCUGCACUCUGCCAAACCUGGGGUCCCUGCUUUCUACAGCUG